CCAUCUCUUGCCUCCUCCCUCUUUCUUUCGCUGUGGAGAAAGCUCAGUCCUGGACUUCCGAAGACCUUUUACGACGUUGAGUCUCAGAGUUUGUCUCGGCCCCAGGUCCACUUUUCGGCAAAGUGACGUGGACGUCAACAGCAAUGGCGGAAGGAGAGCAGGUUCCGCCGCUGCCAACGUUGAGCGGCGACGGCUGGGUAAAGGAUCUUGAAGAAGCUCUGGAAGCAGGAGGUUGUGAUCUUGAAACUUUGAGAAAUAUAAUUCAAAGGAGACCUAUACCUGCUGAACUGAGGGCCAAAGUUUGGAAGAUUGCUUUGAAUGUUGCAGGUAAAGGCGAUAGUUUGGCAUCAUGGGAUGGUAUUUUAGAUAUGCCAGAACAAACCACUGUUCAUAAAGAUUGUUUGGGGCUUAUUGACCAGCUUUCGGUGCCAGAGGAGAAGGCAGCAGAAUUACUUCUGGAUAUUGAAUCUGUAAUUACCUUCUAUUGUAAAUCACGUAAUGUUAAAUAUAGUGCAUCACUUAGCUGGAUUCAUCUACUGAAACCACUGGUGCAACUUCAGGUGCCACGAAGCGAUUUAUACAACUGCUUUUAUGCUAUUAUGAAUAAGUACAUUCCCAGGGAUUGUUUUCUGAAGGGGAGACCAUUUCAUCUCUUCCGAUUACUCAUCCAAUACCAUGAGCCUGAGCUUUGUUCUUUUCUUGAUACAAAGAAAAUUACUCCAGACUCCUAUGCACUCAACUGGCUUGGAAGCCUUUUUGCAUGUUACUGUUCAAUUGAAGUCACUCAGGCAAUAUGGGAUGGAUAUCUCCAACAAGCAGAUCCAUUUUUUAUUUAUUUCUUAAUGUUAAUUAUCCUUGUUAAUGCAAAAGAAGUUAUUUUAGCACAAGAAUCAGACAGCAAAGAACAAGUUAUUCAGUUCUUAGAAAAUACGCCAUCCAGUUUGAAUCUUGAAGAUAUAGAAGACCUUUUCACUCUGGCUCAGUAUUAUUGCAGUAAAACACCGGCUUCUUUUAGAAAGGAUAAUCACCAUCUCUUUGGUAGUACUCUUUUGGGAAUUAAGGAUGAUGAUGGAGAUCUGAGUCAAGCUCUUUGUCUAGCCAUCUCAGUAUCAGAAAUUCUUCAAGCCAAUCAGCUGCAAGGGGAAGGAGUCCGGUUCUUUGUGGUGGAUUGCCGUCCUGCAGAACAGUAUAAUGCUGGGCAUUUAUCAACUGCUUUCCACUUAGAUUCAGAUCUGAUGCUCCAGAAUCCAUCUGAGUUUGCACAGUCAGUAAAAUCCUUGCUGGAAGCACAAAAGCAGUCCAUUGAGUCUGGCUCCAUAGCCAGUGGGGAGCACCUCUGUUUUAUGGGUAGUGGCAGGGAGGAAGAAGACAUGUACAUGAACAUGGUCCUGGCACACUUCUUACAGAAAAACAAAGAAUAUGUGAGUAUUGCCAGUGGAGGAUUUAUGGCACUGCAGCAGCACCUUGCAGACAUUAAUGUGGAUGGACCAGAAAAUGGAUAUGGCCAUUGGAUUGUUAGUACUUCAGGCUCAAGGAGCAGUAUCAAUUCUUCUGUUGAUGGUGAAUCUUCUAAUGGUUCAAAUGAUAGAGGAAUGAAAUCACUGGUAAAUAAAAUGACUGUGGCUUUGAAGACAAGAUCUGUUAAUGUCAGAGAAAAAGUUAUCAGUUUUAUUGAGAAUACAUCAACUCCUGUGGACCGAAUGUCUUUCAAUCUUCCUUGGCCAGACAGAUCAUGUACAGAGCGGCAUGUGAGCAGCAGUGACAGAGUGGGCAAGCCUUACCGUGGUGUAAAGCCGGUGUUCAGCAUUGGGGAUGAAGAAGAAUAUGACACAGAUGAAAUUGACAGUUCUUCAAUGUCUGAUGAUGACAGAAAAGAGGUUGUAAACAUUCAGACUUGGAUAAACAAGCCAGACAUCAAGCAUCAUUUUCCUUGUAAAGAAGUGAAAGAAAGUGGACACAUGUUUCCUAGUCAUCUGUUGGUUACUGCAACACAUAUGUACUGUUUAAGGGAGAUUCUUUCCCGGAAAGGAUUGGCUUAUAUACAGUCUCGACAAGCACUAAAUUCUGUUGUUAAAAUUACAUCCAAAAAAAAGCAUCCUGAGCUAAUUACCUUCAAAUAUGGAAACAGCAGUGCUUCAGGAGUAGAAAUCUUGGCUAUUGAAAGGUAUUUGAUUCCAAAUGCAGGGGAUGCUACCAGAGCCAUAAAACAACAGAUCAUGAAAGUUUUGGAUGCAUUGAAAAGUUAAUAUAAAAGAGAAUUACUUAAAUGAAAUUAAUGCAACCAAGAGAAACAUGAACACAUAUUUACUGACUGAAUACUAACCAGAGACCUUUCAUUUGCUUAUGGGGGUUCUUGAAUGGUGGUUCUAAGUGUAAAUUAUUACAAUCAAUUUCUGGAUGAUUAAACUUUUUUUAAAACUUCUUUUUCAGUUUUAUAAAAUGAUUUAUUAUAAAGGUCAGUUAUUAAAGGACUUUGAAGAAAUUGUCCUCGUGCCCUUAUGGACAAAAGGAUGCAGAAUGCAGUUCUGUUUUGAAGAGCUGUUUUAAAGGAACUUGCAUCACUUUCAGGUUUUAAAGCAACCAUACACAUAUAUUUGCAAUGUCUUCACUGAAAAUUAGAGAUAGAAUUAGUUGAAGAGACUUCCUUAAUUGCUAAUUUAGUUUUACCCCCUGAGCAAUAUCAGAAACUAAAAACAUAGGUUAAUAAUUAGUUCAUUGUUUCAGCCAUCAGUUUCUAAGUCAUCUUUGCUCCACUAGGUAACUAUUUGAAUACUAAGUGCUUCAGGAAUAUUAAAUUUCAUCCUAAUGGUUUCUAAGGAGGAAUUGAAAGUAUUAUAAUGAGCUGGUAGGCAUGUUAAGAUUGAAAUUAGCAUUUUGGGGACAAAAUUGUAUGGUAUCUUUAUUACAAGUGAAUUAUUUAAUUUAGCUUAUUUCAGCACAAAUGUUGAGCACACAUUGAUUUGCCUGAGAUGAUGAUCAGUCCACACUAAUAUCCACUUAAAUAAAAGCCAAAUAAGCAGAGCUGGGUGGGUAAAUUUCAGUUGUUUUUAUACCACUUUCUGAAAUUUCUUUUUGUUCUUUUGGUGUAUCUUCCAUUAAAAUUUCAGUGCUUUGAGACUAUUUUUAUUUUCUUGAUGUGACAAAACUGAAGUGAUCUGCGUUAUUUUACAGUUUUCUAAGCUUAAUUUUUUGUGGCCCAUAUUAAGUACUAAGAGAUCCAAAAACACUUCGGGGGUCAUGUGAUAUUUUAAAUAUCUUUUUGAGAAAUAGCAAAUAUAAUCUGCCAUGUCCUAAAAUGCAACAGAUUAUCUCUGGGAGGUUGAUAGAAAUACCUAGAUGUACCCUGUUAAUAGCCAGUUAUUUUAAUUUACAUAAUGGAAAUCAAGUGAAUAAAAGGAGCAUAGUUCAACAAGUUUUAUUCUUAUAUCUAAAUAAAAGCAGUUUGAGUGGUUGAAGACAUCUGCAUGAAAUUGCACCUAGUGCAAUACUUGAUAUUUAUAACUCUCCCCCAAAACUGUUGUAUUGCAAUUUUUCCUUUUUCUUGGCAUUCCCUUUAGAAAUAUCUUGAGGUCUUAUUUUUUGCCCAUUUUAGCCAUGGGACUUUUCAUAAUAUUAAUGUAAAGAUGUUUGUGUUACUGUUUAUAUAUUACAAUUGUAAAUAAACUGGUACAGUUUGCUCAGA